CGUCGUGGUGGUGGUGGUGGUGGCGGCGUAUAUUUCGAUAACUAGAUUCCGGUAGGUUUUGUGUCAAAGCUUUGUAUAAUUAAUUAUUCAAUCAUUCUCUUCCUUCCAUUACACUUUAAACUCGUAAAUACUCCCUUUUGAAGGGACUAGGGAGUUGCUUAUCCGAAUUUAUUUAUUUAUUUUUGGGGAGGGGAGAAAAUCUAUCAUCCGUCAUCCGAGUAUAGUAUAGUACUGUAUCUUUUUUCUUGUAAAAUGAUUUUGAAACAGAAAUGUCAGUUGCUCUUCAAGGUGCAUAAACCUUCACUACCUUUGAUCCAUCAAGCAAACCCCAUUUUCAAUCAUAAAAUCCCAAUAGCUUGUGAAGAAUCUGAGGUUGUGAAUAGGCUGAAAAAUGAACCAAAUGCCGGAAUGGCUUUGGAGUAUUUUAAAUAUGUUUCCAAAUCCAACUCUUUCAACCAUACUCAGCUAACAUACCAAGCGAUGGUUGAGAAACUUGGCCGCCAUGGUGACAUGGAUGGAGUUCAGUACCUUUUGCACCAAAUGUACUUAGAAGGGAUUAAUUGUUCCGAAGAUAUGUUUGUUGCUGUGAUCAAUUCCUAUAACAAAGCUGGGGCAGCUGAGCACUCCUUAAAGAUGUUUUAUAGAAUGCAAGACUUUGGUUGUAAACCCACAGUGAGGGUUUAUAAUCAUCUAUUAGAUGCAUUACUUAGUGAGAACAGGUUUAAUAUGAUCAAUCCUAUAUAUAGUAACAUGAAAAAGGAUGGGAUUAUGCCCAAUGUUUUUACAUACAAUAUUCUUUUGAAAGCCCUGUGUAAGAAUAACAGGGUGGAUGGGGCUCACAAGUUGCUUGUGGAAAUGUCAAACAAGGGUUGCUCUCCUGAUGAGGUAAGCUAUACGACAAUCGUGUCCUCGUUGUGUAAGUUAGGUAGAGUGGAAGAGGCCAGAGACUUAGCUAUGAGGUUUGAUUUCAGUACUGUUCCUGUUUACAAUGCACUGAUAAAUGGACUUUGCAAAGAAUGCAAUAUCAAAGAGGCAAUAAAGCUGUUGGAUGAGAUGAUGGACAAUGGUGCUACUCCUAAUGUCAUUACUUACACUACAAUAUUAAAUGCUGCAUCAGAGUUGGGGAAUACACAGCUCUCUCUUUCCAUCUUAGCAAAAAUGUUUGUCAGAGGAUGUUCUCCGAAUAUUUACACUUUUACUACUUUGAUAAAGGGAAUAUGUCUAGCUGAAAGGUGGGAUGUAGCGCUUGAUGUGUGGGAUAGUAUGAUCAAAGAAGGUAUUUUUCCUAAUGUUAUUGCAUAUAACACAUUAAUACGUGGUCUUUGUUUGUAUGGAAAUAUGUAUGCAGCUUUAUCUAUCUUCAACCAAAUGGAAAGACACGGCUGUUCUCCAAAUUUGACAACCUUUAGCACUCUUAUAGAUGGCUUUGCAAAAUCUGGAGAUUUGAGUGGUGCAUCUGAGAUAUGGAACAAGAUGAUAACUCUUGGUUGCCGUCCAAAUGUUGUGGCAUAUACAUGUAUGGUGAAUGUGCUGUGUAAAAAUUUCAUGUUUGAAGAUGCUUAUAUGAUUAUUGAAAAUAUGAUGGCUGAAAAUUGCCCCCCAAACACAGUUACAUUUAAUACACUUAUUAAAGGUUUAUGUGCAAGUGGUAGAGUUGAUUGGGCAAUGGUGGUCUUUAAUCAAAUGGAGAAAUUUGGAUGUUCACAUGAUGCAACCACAUAUAAGGAGAUAUUGAAUGGGUUGUUCAAAAUUAACAGCCUUACCCUUGGAUUGGAGCUUGUAGUGGAGAUGGAGGAAAAAGGAAUCCACCUUGAUCUGGUGGCAUACAAUACUAUAGCAUGUGGAUUUUGUCACAUUGGGAUGCCUGGGGAAGCUCCAAAAGUUGUUGCAAAGAUGCUGGUGAGGGGAAUUGAGCCUGAUGUCUUCACAUUCAAUACACUAAUAAAUGCCUACUGUAAGGGUGGUAAUGUCAAACUUGCCUAUCAGCUUCUGGAUGUAAUGAGUGCAGAAGGAUGGAACCCAGAUUUAGUUUCAUAUACUAGUCUUAUAGCUGGGUUCUCUGAAUUGUAUGAUUUCGAAACAGCUAUCAGUUGUGUUUGCAGAAUGAUAGAUGAAGGAAUCUCCCCAAACACAUCCACAUGGAACAUUCUAGUCCGUGCUUUGGUUAGCAAGAUUGGGUACGUUGAUGCAGUAGGAUAUUUAGAUAUUAUCUUGGUAAGUAGAGCAAGAAGUUAAAGUUUGAACUGCAGCUGCCUUGAUAUGGAACCACUGACAGUGAAAUAUGCAUGUUGUGGCUCUAAUGCUGGAACAACGCACAAACUUUGAAAAGAUUUCAUUAUAAAGAUUAAAGAAUGCAGGUCCAAAUCCUUCAUUGCUUUGAGCGCUUUAUGUUGCUUGCUUUGGGCCGCCUACUAUUGGAAAGAAUUACUCAAGUGAGGAGGGAGAAUGUAGAGAUUGAAGGGGAUGAUUUGCUAAAACUUAAAAGGUUGUUGCCCUCUGUUGUGCUGAUUGAGCAAAUACAGUAACAACUAGUUGCUGCCUGAUGGAAGUAUGGUGAAGAUCCUGCUGAAUGUUGUAUGUAAUUCAUGAGAUAGAGUGAUUGGAAGUGGCGGGUGGGUUACUUUUAGAUGAUCUCAUUAGUCUGCAAUGUACAUGAAGACAAGAGAGCAUGAAUAUUGUUGUUUUGUUUUGAUACAAUGAUCAGCAUGCAUGGUAAUUGGUAUGAUAUGCGGAGAACUAAUUUCAGAUGGUGUUAUAAUUGAGCAGCAAAAAUGGAGCUUGUACUCUAAUCUGAGGAAGAUGAGAUAAACACGUGUAUGUUUGUUGUAAAAGCAAUAUAGAUAGAUAGAUACAAUGCUCAUGUUUCUUUCUGCUAUAUAUGUACUGUUAGCAAUUGGUACUUUGCAUCUGACAUUGUAGAGCAGAGCCAAACAGUUAUAAGCCUGCCUGAGCUAUGGGCUUCUUGAGGAGGAGCUUAAAAGAACAGAAGAUUUAAA